AUGGAUCCUGUCUCGCUAAUUCUCGGUAUCACGCCCCUGGUGAUCGAAGCCAUCAAGAUCUACCGGGUGAUACAUUCAAAAUGCAAAGCCUACCGACAAUCCAGCAAGCUGUUGAAGCGCCUGCACACGCACGUGGAUACUCAGAAGUGCUUGUUCCUCAAUGAGUGUCACUUCCUUCUUCGACUAGUCAUGGAUGAUGAUGUGAGCAUUCGAGCCAUGCUUGCAGAUGAGUUGCACGCAGGAUGGAAUGCUGGAUGGUUGAAUCAGCAAUGGCGCCAACAUCUGGACCUACACUAUGACACCUGCACCCGGAUCGUUGAAGAAGUGUGUGGAAGUCUUGAAGAACUACACCAUGACCUACGGCAGUUGGACCCGAUUCAAGAAGCACAAGAUGAGGGCGGCAAUGUACGAGGAUCGAUGAGAAGUAUCGGAGGUCGCAUCAAGAUGGCCCUCGAAAACGAACGAUAUCUGAAAGCGAUUGAUGCUCUACGCACCUCCAACAUGGACCUGAAAUCCCUCCGCGAACAACUCAAAGAGUUCCAGGAUCAGUCACAGCCGUCACCUGGGUACUGCACGAGCCUAUCGAUUACUUACGGCGUUGUUCAAGAGGCAUCUCAAGGGCUGUAUGGUGCUUUGACGGCAGUAUGGUCUUGUUCUUCAGCCACACAUAAGAAGCACUUGGCUAAAAUGUUGGUCGACGCUAAGAUUGAUGAUGGUGUGCAUCUGGAUAUGAUCAUCGCCUCUGAUGGAUAUCCUUCAGCUCAUAUGCUGGAGCCGAUAGCCCAGUUGUCCGUGUGUUCGUACAGCCAGCCGCAUAUAGGGACAGGUCUUCGUACUUACAUUCUAUCUCCCUUUCAGCCCAUGGUCCCAACCCAGGAACAAGACAGAAAAGUGAAGGGUAAAUCUCCUUGUCGUGAUCGCUUGUCAGAUGAUCACUCGUCAGUGUCAUCCAGCGAUAUAUCAGGUUACCAUUACCAGCCUAACUCAAUAAACCUUCUGCUGUCUCAAGAUGUUUGCUCGGACCUUUCGCGAGGUGCACUCGCUUGCCAAUCGAAUAGUCAGCCAGCCUGCGUUGGUUAUCUCGAAACUGGCACGGAGGACUAUCGGCAUUUGUUCUUUUCCGGAUCUCUCUCUAUUGUGUCACCAUAUUCAGACCUUCAGGGGACAUUGUCCAAGGUGUCCGACCUCCUCGGACGAACACUGGAGAGCACAAUUGGGAUUACAUCGCUGCGGUCAUUGCACCUGACCAAGGAGUUCACAUCCUCGGACGAUAUGACAGGGGUAGAGAGCACCGACCGUCAAAAUAUAUCGGUGAACAAGGAUCUGCAGCAGCUCCAUGGCAUCCGCAGUCUACCACUUGGUUGUCUCGGGGUAGUUCUUCUUCAGAUUGAGCGCUGGAAACAACUCGAUGCCCAGGAUGUCGCUUAUGUGCGAAGAAUGGCAAAUGGCUCAUCCCGGCUCGGUGCCAGAUACAAGCGAUUGACCCAGAAAUGUCUGGGCUGCGACUUUGGGUUGGGAGCUGAUUUAAACCAGCCCCAGCUCCAAGAUGCGGUUAGGGAUACGGUUAUUGAUGAGCUUACUGAUAUGAUUGCCAGUCUGGAUAUCAGCGUCGAGUGA